GACGCCAUGUUUAAACAAUAUGGACGCCAUCGACGUUCGCCCCUUUUUCCCAUAAUGUAAACAGUAGUGGAAGAAUUAAAAGGGCAAUGCUGCCUAUUCAAACAACAAGUAUAAUAUUCCUUUAUUUUCAUCACUUGCCAGGAGGGUAAAAGUAUUCACCUAGCAAAUUAGUGCAGCCCCAUGGUUUUCAAGGACAGUAACCCAGCUAGUGUGGUAUCUGGAGGCUAUGCACUUUCCCAAGAAAGCUUAUCAGAAGCACAUGAGGACAACGAGGAUGUAGUCAGCAGCAGCUCUGAUGAGAGUGAUGGGGAGGUGGAGAACACUGUGGAGCAGCCAGUGGGGAACAGUGCUGUGGAGCUGACGCUGGUGGAUGAUGACACGCCGCUGUUGAUUUUCCCAACAGAGGAGGCUGGAGAGGGAGAUGAUAAUACAACAGAAACAGCUACGUCAUUUAAUGAGGAAUUUGGUGAGUGUGACGAAGAUGGGGCUGAAGAAGAAAAUUCCAAGUUGGCAACAAAAGUAGAUGAUGAUAAAAAAGACAAAAAGAAAAAAAAGAGGAAACGAAAGAAGUGAGUACAAUAUUUGUAAGAGUAAAAAAGU